AUGAUCCGAGUGCUAAAGAUGGACAGCAAGAAUCCGCUGAUCUGGCAAAAGGCACUGUUGUCAAAGGAGGUGGACCUAAUUCUGAGCAACCAACAGGAGAACUGUGGUGAAGCAGUCAUGGCUAGCGGAAGAGUUCUUGGGGCAUAUAAGAAGAUAGCAUCGCAAGAAGAGCAACUGGAGGAGGAGGAAGGGGAUCCGAACAGGAAACCAGUUGAAGGAGAUUGCCCAGUCUGUUAUGAAGAGCUGAAGGAGGGUGGUGAGGCACUGGUGUGGUGCAAUACUUGUGGCAACAACAUUCACAAGGUGUGCUUCACCAAGUGGAGCAGAACACAACUCCAAAACUGCGGCUCCGUCACUUGUGUGUACUGCCGCUCUCCAUGGGAAGAUGGCUCUAACCCAGGGAAAAUUGAGGGUGUCAAGGACAACGAUGGGUAUGUGAACUUGCGCGACGUCAGCCAACACCACAACAGCAACAACACCUCCUUGGAUGCUCUCUAUGGUGACACGUCCAUGUGGGUUGAGGCAAGCAUGGGCCUCAUAUCAAGGAGGAAUGCGGCCAGACUCUUCCAUGCAGCUAGGGGAGAGUUUUGA